GUGCCAAGACACACUAAUUGGUGGCACAUUUGUUAGAGGAGUUUCUGGUGGUGAAAGAAAAAGAGUGUGCAUUGGCAAUGAAAUCCUGCUCAACCCAUCACUUCUGUUUCUAGAUGAACCAACAUCUGGUCUUGAUUCGACAGCGGCACUUCGAACACUUCAGAUGCUUCACAUUAUUGCAAAGGCUGGAAAAACAGUGGUGACUACGAUACAUCAACCGUCUAGUAGGAUCUUUAACAAGUUUGAUAAGCUUAUUCUCUUGGGUAGAGGAAGCUCCUUAUACUUUGGAAAAGCCUCUGAAGCAAUGACGUACUUCUCCUCAAUUGGGUGUGCACCCCUUAUAGCUAUGAACCCAGCAGAGUUUCUCAUUGAUCUGGCAAACGGUAACACAAAUGAAAAAUCACUUCCAACAGAAUUGGAGGAUGGAGGGCCUUCUGCAGUUGACGUCCAUGAGUUUUUGGUUGAAGCCAAUCAAGUCAGACUUGAAAAAAUGGAGAAGGCAAAGCUCCUAAGCUCUGUGCUGACAGAGGGUGAGAGUAAGAUGCAGGGGAUGUCAUAUUCAAGGGAAUCAAAAACAACUUGGUGCGAACAGUUUUCGAUUCUUUGCAGGAGGGGCCUUAAGGAGAGACGCCACGAAUACUUAAGCUGUUUGCGUAUAGUUCAAGUUAUCUCCACUGCUAUAAUCAUAGGGCUUCUAUGGUGGAACUCUGAUGCUUCAUCCCCAAGGCGAGUUCAAGAUCAGGCAGGACUGUUGUUCUUCAUUUCAGUAUUUUGGGCUUUCUUUCCUAUGUUUACUGCAGUUUUCACAUUUCCACAAGAAAGAGCAAUAGUAGCUAAAGAGAGAUCAGUGGAGAUGUACAAACUCAGUGCCUACUUUUUAGCUAAAAACACCAGUGAUCUUCCUCUCGAUCUU